UUGGUGUGGGUCAGCUGGUGUAGUUCUAAAUGUCUCCUUUUAAAGGUGUGAUUAUUGAUUAUGAGUAUAUCGUAUAUCGAAUGCAUCAGCUCAGCUUGAUUUGUCUGCUUUGCACAGGUCCACGUCAGAUUGACUUGCUAAGGAGAGACUGAGAGCUUAGAAAAGAGAGAGGAGGCAGUGAUGUCGUCCAAGCCCCCCAGCUCCAGCAGCGUGAACCAGGCCAGGAGAACUGUACAGCAGCUCAGGGUGGAGGCUGGCAUCGAGAGGAUAAAGGUGUCCAAGGCCUCUGCAGACCUCAUGCAUUACUGCACAGAACACGGCAAAUACGACCCCCUCCUCAUGGGCAUCCCCACCUCAGAGAACCCCUUCAAGGAGAAGAAGCCCUGCAGCAUCCUCUAGUCCUCACUGUGUCUGCUAGCAUCCGGCUAGCAUCCGGCUAGCUGGCUGGUUGGCUGGCAAGUUAGCCUUCUGGCUGGUUAGCUGGCUGGCUGGCUGGCUGGUUGGUUAGCUAGCUGGUUGGCUGGCUGGCAAGUUAGCUUGCUGGCUGAUUGGCUAGCUGGCUGGUUGGUUGGCUGGUUAGCUUGCUGGUUAGCUGGAUGGCUAGCUGGCUGGCUCACUGCUUAGCUGGCUAGUUAACUUGCUGGCUAAUUGGUUGGUUGGUUAGCUGGCUGGCUAGCUGGUUAGCUUGCUGGUUAGCUUGCUGGUUAGCUUGCUGGUUAGCUUGCUGGUUAGCUUGCUGAUUAGCUAGCUGGUUAGCUUGCUGGUUAGCUUGCUGGUUAGCUGUCUGAAUGGUUGGCUUUUUCAUGUUCCUUUCUGUAUUUUUAUUUUUAAUUAUUAUUAUUAUUUGGAAAGAACUGUGAUCUUAACAUUAUCACUCCAUUGAGUCUCUGUAGGCCCAACCCUUCUGGUAAACUCAUCAUGUGUAGCUUUGUAAGGUCUGGUCCUUGAAGUCACAAACUAUGAGACAGUGACCGUUAAAGGUACAAUCUGUGACACCUCCCCCCUCCCACACACGCACACCACCACCACACGCACACCACCACCACACACACACCACCACCACACACACACCACCACCACACACACACCACCACCAGACAUACGCGCAUGCACACACACAUAGGUGCACUCCGCCUCAAUUUACAAUGUCCGUCGUUAUUUAUGUGUUAUUGCAAUUAAUUUUUACUAAUGUUUUGAACCAUUUUCUUGAUGCAUCCUUUUUGUGAGCUUGCUAGCACAAUUCCAACUUUUCUACUGCAACUAGACCAGCUGCCCUCGUCACUCGAGACUGUGUAUACCAUGAAAACAAGAAAAGCCUUACCGUGUCUUUGACAUCAAGAUCUUAACUAGUUAGCUCUCUGUGAAAGGGGUGGGGGGGGGGAGUAUUUGGAGAGGGAAGUUGGGAUUUGCAAACAAACCUGUUUCCCAAUCUUCUACCAGGGCGUUUGUUGACAAACAGUCCCUUGCUCCCCCCCCCCCCCUCCCCCCCCCCCACACACACACACACACACAGGUGAUCCAGGAGAGCAGAUUAUGAGAACCUGGUGUUAGAUUGUUUGUUUGUUUGUUUGUUGAGAUCUACCAAGGUUUCCGCAACAGCGGUCUCCAGGCCGACCGGUCAUGAGUGAUCCUGUCAGAAGUUGUUAUUAGUUUCCACGGAAACCCUCUCCCUCCUGACCGCGGUGCCCCUUCGCGUGAAGGACAAAAAGUGUUCCAGGGAAGAACCUUGACUGUAGACAGCAGAGUGGUUGUUUGUUUCUUGAAGUGCAGGGUUGGGCCCUUCUGUAGAACUCUAUCAAGGGUGUUUUACAAGAUGGGUGCAGGUGAUAUUGUGCCUGUAGCGUGUCACACGCUCAAAACGUCAGCGGGAGCUUCAGCAGUGUCAUCAUCACAUGUGUGUGAUUUCACCCCUGUGAAUCAGUGUGUUAAAGUACUGAUUUGGAGUUGACAGUAUGCCAUAGCAGAACCAGUGGUGCCGUUUAGAACUUCAGGUCUUCCGUUGAAGAGACAGUGGAGUUCUAUGUAUCAUAAAGAUAAAGAAAUUCCCCCUUUAAACCCUGGUUGUGUGUGUACAGCACAGUUGGACUCUGUUCCGUGUUAAUCCUUUCAGUAAAGGUGUUCUGUGGAGCACAGGGUCCUGCGUGUGUGAGCAGGGCAGAGUGUCCAGGCUGUGUUGCUGUGGUCAUGCGUCAGGCACCACGCGACGUGUGUAAUCAGCUACUUCUGGAGAAGGCAGCUGUCGAUGCCCUCGGCACCGCAGGAGAUUAGCUGUUAGCAACUCAGUUGUCCGUGGUCAGCGCAAGCACACUUAGUCAUGAGUCACAAACGUGAUUCGACAAUCAAACACACACGAACACACACUCAAAUACAUUUGAACACACAUUCAAAGCCUUAUUAGACGGAAGUUGUCUGUGUGUGCUUUGAAGAACAUUAUUAGCUUGAAGCAGUUUUAUUUCAUUUUUUGGGGAUAAUCAACGUGCCUGUGUUAAUUAACAUGACUGUGAGAUUUGUGACUAAAUUGUGCCAUGUGGUUUUGUCUUCAUAGUUCUGUCAAAGUUUGGAGGGAAAAAAAGGCAAAAGAAAACAUAACAAAUACGCCUGAAUGUGUGUGAACUUAUUGGUGCUAACUGACAUUCUGUUCUUGAUGACCCUGUAUUCCAGUGUGCUAAAAACGUAAAUUAUUUUACAACCACAACAAACUUAAAAAUAUUGUUCGCUUUCUAGCAUUGUGCAUUAUGAACUUAGCGAUCAAUGCAAAACAUUUAUAAAUCAAUAAGUGUCAUGUCCCACAUCCCAACCAACCAGCAUUUUACCACUGAUGGCCUUACAGAACCAGUCAGUCUGAUGAACAGGAUCCUUAUUAGCAGACUGACACAAAUCUGGGUUAGCAGCACUAAGUCAAUAUCAGGUUAGCGCCCAGUUAGCAACAGGUUAACACCAAGCUAACAACGUGUUAGCAUCUAGCGUCUAGCUAGCAACAGUUAAGCUCCAAGCUGCAGCAGGUUAGCAUCAAGCUAUCCCCGAGCAACUAUAGCACCGAACAACUAUAGCACUAGACCCUAGCAAGAAGCGAGCUAGUUAUUCUGCUAUAGUAGCAAAGGGAAUUCAUGCAAAGAAGGAAGACCAUUGUAGAUUAAAGUUACAAAACAAAAGAAUAAAAAGCAUUUCAGAAAUGUGAAACUAAUCAAACGCCUAGCGUUAAGUUAACAAGGAAAGAAAAACUAAAACAGGUUGUGAGAACUUCCCCCUCCAGUGUAAACCUUAGUGACAUCUGGUCUGUGUGUAACUCGUAGUAAACUGAACCUGGUGAUGUCAAAUUAGGUUUUUCUCUUUCCACACCCGUCUCUCUCUGUCUCUCUCUGUCUGUCUCUCUCUCUCUCUCUGUCUCUCUCUCUGUGUCUGUCUCUCUGUGUCUGUCUUUGUCUCUGUUGAGCAGUCUUUCCUACUGGUGUUAUUAAACUUUGUUUAUUAUUACCAG